AUGGAUGCGAAACUCAACUUCAACACCCUCAAGACGCUGGCGGCCCGCGUCCCGCGUUUGCUCAAGAUAUCCUCUUUGCAUGUUUUCAAGCGCUCUCCCGCCGCUGGCAAGCAGGACCUGCAGGUCGAGUUCACAGUCAACUUGUCUUUGAUCAAGGCUAUUGGACAUCGUAAGGAGGGCCAUGAAACGUAUGAUGUACCCCUGCUGGCCGAUGUCGAGGCGGAAUGGACAGGGCACUGGAGCGGAGUGAAUGCCAAGUCUCCGCAGCCAGAUGUGUCCGAAGAGAAGUUUAAAUCUAUGAUGGCGGAAGUUAAGGAGGAUGUUACGAUUCUUUAUUUGCAUGGCUGCGCAUACUAUUUGAUGGACCCCAUGUUCGCAUCGCCCUACAGCGGCAAGACUGUCUAA